AUGGGAAGACGAAAGCUGCCUUCGAUACCGACACAAAGAACAGAGAAGGCCAGCAGUGAGCAACCUGCACCUGUGUAUCUCACAUCGAGUAAUAUAUCAUUACCAUCGUCUCCAUCCGAACGGCAAUAUUUUCUUCAGGAUACAAAUCGCUCACGUCCAGCUUCUCGCGCAUCCUCUUUAAGUGAUCUUUCUCGAUCAUCAAUCACUACAGCCAGUACAUAUCGUGGCGUUGAUCCAGCAAUAAUACCUGGUGCUGUAAUACCAAAUGUACGUCAAAAAACGAUACGUCAAACAACUUCUACUGCUACCGGCGGACGUUCGAACACUCUUGGUCAAUCAUCAUCACGUAUGCCAAGUACAUUGGCAAGAGUUUUGCUCAAGAAAGAGCUGAAGGAAGUUCUUGAAAGACGUCGUGAGGCUCUCGAAGCUUGUGAAAUAGAAGCCAAUCAACGAGAGUUUGUUGUUCAUCGUAUGCUCAUAACUGGUCUAUUGCCAGAACAUCGUUCAGCUGAUAUUGACGAUAUUCCUAAUGUUAUACAUUGUUUGCUGCCAGUUGAAUUAGUUAAUGGUGCAAAAAUUGUUCCAAGUGGUGAACGAUCUACUAAUACUUCUCCACUAUCAUUAUCGAUGCAAACCGAUGAAACUUCACGAGCAACUCAAGGAAAUGACUUUGUAAGUAAGAUUGAAAAUGCUGUUUGCAGUGAUGAUCUCGAAAAACCCAAAGUUAAAUCGAUAGCUAUUCAAGUUGAGUACAAACCCCAUAAAACUAAGCAGUUUGCUUCAUUUUACCGACCCUCUCAACUCUGUUCUUCUUUAUCAGCUCCAAAAACGCCACAAGAAGCAUUUAUAACUACGAAAUCCAAGUUUCAGUCGACUGGAACACAAACGAAUGGAAUAACUAGUAAUCACUACGAAUCAUCACAUAAAUCGCCAGUAACAGGACGUUCACAUGAAGCAACAAAUAGUGGUGACACAUAUGUCUCAUCAUCCGAACCAAAUUUAUUGGAGUCAACUGCGAAAUAUUUUGCUGAAUAUGAUCGUCAACUUCGUGAACAUGGUCGGCGAUUAAAGAAUCGUUUUGCAUUUAGCGACGAUGAUCCGAUUAGUCGUGAAUCGAAGAAACAAAGGCUGAUAAGUGAAUUAGCACAACGUAAAGAAAAAAUCUCAUCGAUGGCUGACCUUUCCAAUUCGUUAAAUCAUUCAGAUUAUUCAUCGACAGUGCCACACUAUGGAUCUUUGCCGAUAAUUGACUUUCCAGCUUCCUCAACUACUCAUUCGCUAAAAAUACCGCGAGACUUCAAAAAACAUGGUAAAAUCCGCUACGGUUCUCUUCCUCGGAAUUAUGAGCGUCAUAUGGAUAAUUGCGCAUAUGAACCUUCUUGCAAUUCGAUUCAACCAUUUGGCAUAAGACAGUAUGAUGUAUUAUCCAGAUCGCUACACGACCUGAGUCGCUCUUAUGACGAUAUCAGUGAUCCACGAAUCCGCAUCCGAAACACUUCUUCAUUCAAUCAUUUACCUCAAAAUGAUGCUUACGAUGUCUGUCACGGAAUCCGUUCACAAUUUAUUAACGAUUCGUGUGGUCGGCAUGCUUAUCCAGAAUAUUUAUCUCUCGAAGAUGCUCAAAAUCCUAUGGAAGCAGAUAUGAUUUCUCAGUAUGCAAAUUAUUUGAGCAAUGAAUUUAUGAACAAUCAACGCAAGCUACUUGCUGAAUAUGGUACAGAUAUACCGUCAGCUUUUCAGAGAGAUACAGUGCGAACAGAACCAUAUCCGAAUUUUGUUAAUGUAUAUGGUACUGCGCCGUCAAAUCUUUGUCCAGAUCGUGCAAUUUAUAUCAAAAGACCAUUAAACGAAUAUGAAAAGCGAACUUUCAUUUCUAAUCAUUCCGCUUCACCAAUUCUUCGAUCUAAUUUUCAUCCAAUCCAUUCUAUACAGCAAUCUUCUUACCAACCAGUAGCUGCAUCGUCACAAAUGCAGUAUCCUUUUAUGCCGUCUGUCAAUUAUGUCCCACCAACAGGUUCCAACACAACCAAAUUUCCUCCUUACUUUAAUGAAGUUUAUAGUCGUAACGAAGUAAAUUACGGAUCAAGACCAUUAUAUUCCCUUCCCGAAUAUGGAAAUUUCCAUCGGAAUCGUUUUCUGAAGGAAUCUGAUGCUUGCUUUAACGGAAAUUUUGGUCCUUUAUUGGAAAUUUACGGCAAUUCGCCUGAGAAUCACGGUGCCUUGCGCGAUCAGCAAUAUCGGCCAUAUUUUGCACAAAAUGCGCAAAAUCUGCAAUAUUCGUAUAAGCCCAUAACUAAUUACCCAUUUCCACUUGAUCAACAAAUAGAGCAAUACUCGAUGGGCAAUAAUAGACGAUUUGGUAAUCUUAGCUGUAAUUAUGGAAGGGCAUGGUUGUCAAACGGAAAUCUUCCAAUGUCCACAUAUUAUGAUGCAAUCUAUCCGAAAGAAAAUGCCAAAGGCAACUUUGCAACUACUAGUCGAUUACGGCCUUUUCGUUCAUAUCAAACCGGUAAUCCUUCAGUUUUAACAGCCCAGAUGAUUUCAUUGUAA